AUUAAACACCCACCAACUACUAAGUGGUUAAUACAAUUAAACGAGGAAUUAAUUCCAGUUUGGCUAAGCUCAACUGAUUGUGUUGAGCUCAACAAACAUUUUAAUAUUUAUAAUUUAAUCAUAAAUGAAAGACAAGAAUAG